GCUUCAUUGUCCCUCCCGUGGGCGCUCCCCAGCUCCAGGAGAUCAGAGACCUGCCUACCGGUCAAGGCGCCCCAGGUACCGAGGCGCCCCCAGAUCGGCAGGCGCCCGGGGUCAACAGGCGCCGCGGGUCCGGGGCCCUGCCCGCCGGAUCCCUCCGCCCGCCUAGGCGCCAUGGUGCCGCCGCCGCGGUGGCCGCCGCUCUGCACGCUGCCGCCGGGCCCCGGACCCCCGCGCUUCGUGUGCUACUGCGAGGGGGAGGGUGGCGGGCCCGGGGAGCACGGCGGCUUCAACCUCUGUGUGACGGACGCCGCGGAACUCUGGAGCACCUGCUUCACGCCGGACCGCCUGGCUGCCCUGAAAGCCCGUUUUGGCCUCAGUGCGACUGAAGACAUUGCCCUCCGAUUCAGGGCAGCCUGCGAGCGGCAAGCUGUGACUCUCACCCUGCAGGAGGACAGAGCGUCCCUGACCCUUUCAGGGGGACCCUCGGUGCUGGAACUUGACCUGUCCAAGGUGCCGGGCCCAGAGGCAGCCUCCAGGUUGCAGGCACUGACGCUGGACCUGGCGGAGCGUGUGUGCAGCUUGGAGCAGCGGCUGGCAGCUGCUGCAGCAGAGGAGAUGGCCACCAGCCCCAGAAAGAGCGCCUGGCAGGCGGGGCCUCAUCUCUUCUUACCAGACCCAGAUCCUCAGAGAGGUGGCCCUGGACCUGGGGUCAAGAGGCGGUGUCCAGGGGAGUCUCUCAUCAACCCAGGCUUCAAGAGUAAGAAGCCGGCAGGUGGUGUAGACUUUGAUGACCCCUGAAGGCACCGCGGAAAGUGUGACGUCAGGACUGUGCCUCUGAGGGGAGGGCAGGGGCGGCCCCUGGGACCUCCUGCCGGCACCUGCCCAGCCUGCUGCCAGGCGAGAACAAGGCCGCUCCUCUAGCCCCUCCCCCGUCAAAUAAACAUCUUCAUCUGGCGACAGUCA